CAUCCCCGUUGUACGCUCCACAGUUCACUCACAGUCACAUCCCCACACAGUCUCUCUCUCUCUUUCUCUCUCCUCCUUUCCCUCGAAUCAAACAUCCAUUAAUGGCAGCUGAAUUACAGCCGCCUGGAUUGGGUUUGGGAACCCCAAUCACAAACUUUCUCCCCGGAGCAGCACUAGCACCACCGCCAGCACUAGCCCAGAAUAUUCCACCUUCUUCGGUUACCGAAAACCCAGUUGGUUCAACUCUGGCUCCGAAACGGCAGCGGCGGCCCAGUGUCCGAUUAGGCGACAUCGGAGACCAACCCGCAACUCUUCGGACCUCCAAACCCUGGAGGCUGAACCCACACCCGCACUCUCACCGAGAACACAACUCUAAUAAAUCCUCCAAGAUACGCCCUUUAACUAAUCUCGUCACUCCCACCAACGGCAACUUUGAUUACUCCUCUGCUGAAACCACCGCCACCACCACCAAUAACGGAGUUCAUUCUCACCGGAAGUUUCCCAAGGAGUUCAAGUCUAAGAGAGCUACCAGUACCACCACCAGCUCCAAGAGGGUUCGAACCAAUUUCAGGAUUGACCUAGGGGAAGAAGAUGACCCGGUCGAUGACGUAGAGGAGAGAGAAAACGGCGGGAAUAAUCAUGAUUUCAACGAAUUUGAUUAUGAUAUUGAUGAUGACAACAACAACAUCAACAAUGGUGAGGAAGGUUUUAGAGAUUUCGACCCAGAAAUUGAUGGGCCUGAUCAGGAACAAAGCCCAAUUAACUCAACAGAUGAUGUUGGAGCACAUCUAGAUAUGUGGCAUGCUCAUAAUAGAAGGUCAAUUAGGGCUACUAGGGUUUCCAAUUCCCAGCAAGAUUUGGGAAUGGAAACAAAUUCUCGGAACAGAGGAAUUGGAUUGGAAGAAGGGGUCAGGAAAUGGCUGGUUGAAUUAGGGUUAGGACGAUACGCCCCAGUAUUUGAAAUCCAUGAAGUGGAUGAGGAGGUAUUGCCAUAUUUAACACUUGAAGAUCUAAAAGAUAUGGGGAUAAAUGCAGUUGGUUCUAGAAGGAAAUUGUAUGCCGCCAUUCUAAAGCUCCGAAAAGGAUUAUCGUGACCGAGUUAGAAUUCGAGUUUCUGAAUCAUAUCAAUCAAGUUGUUUGGUCAGUUUUGCAGAGAUGCAUCUUGUAACAUUAUAUAGGUGCAUGUUGUUCUCCUCCUAAAAGGUCAUUGAUUCAACUUUCAAGACCAAGCACAAGCAAACUCUGUAGGAGGCAUUGCAUCAGUGAUCCAAGGUGGUUGUUAUAGCAAGUUACUUAGUCCCAUACCUGCAUCAAAGUCAUGGCAUAUGAUUCUUUCAGAGCUUCAAAUUGGUUGUUGGUUGUUAAGAACAUGGAGUUGCGUGCAGCAACUAUUUCAACAUGGUUCCUUGCAAUCUAUUUGCAUGUGUAAGUUUGUAACCAUACAAGUUACAACCAUUCCUCCCGUAGUCUCCAAGUUACAAUAUGGAAAUUUGCAGCUUCCAUAUCCAUGCAGUGCUUCCACAUGGAAUCUAAAUGCUACUUAGAAGCUCUCACAUUUUCUACUAGUGUCUUCCCAAGACGCGAGACUCUAUCUUAGAUCUGGCAGUAGUCAGAUACUGACGAGGAAAUCUGAAGUGUACAUAAGCUAGCCAGCUAGGCAAUGGCAUCUUAGACCUUGCAUUAUCUAUGAAAAAAUAAUUGAGGUAAUUGCUUUGAGCAUUAUGUUAUUCUCUUUAUUUUAAUGUUUGUUACUAUAUGUUAAUAUUGGUACUUCCUUUGUAUGUAACUCACUUCAUGAUGUGGGUAUUUAGGCUAAUGUGAAUUUCUACUCAUUAACAUUUUGGGACUAAGGCUUUGUUGUUGUUGUUGUU